AUGAGGAGAGUGGCUUCAAACGGAAUGAAAAAAACAAUACCACCAUUGAUACCAUUCCCCAACCCAUCGCCUCUCAACUUCCGUAAACACUAAGUCUAUUUUUCUUAACUCAAAAUUAGUAACAAAUCACGUUUCCACACUGUUGCUAUUUUGAGCGAACUAGGGUUUACUACAUUUUUUCUUCGAAAACUUCAAACUCAAGAUAUUCCAAUAAACAACACUGAUUCCAUUAACAUUAUCGAACAAAAAUGGUUCCAAGUCCUUCAUCUGAGAAUCGGAAGAAAAUGAAAACAACAACGUCUAGUCCUUUGAGGAGAUCUGAGAGAACCAGGAACCUUUCAUCUUCUACUUCUACUACUUCAAAUCAUUCACCUUCUACUUCUUCUAGAACCUCCAUUUCGAAGAGACACGUGUCGGUUAAAAAGUUGGCGUUUGACGGUGAAGAAAACGAUGCUGGAACUUCUUCGAAUCUCAAAGUUAAGAAAAUGGAUGCUCGUACUUAUCGUUCUACUUUAACAAAGCAAAAAACCAAAGAUAGCCAGAAAGAGUCAAAUAGUAUGAAUAGGUCAACCCCUAAAUCUAGUCACAUUGGUGGAGAGAAGAUUGAUGAGUGCUUUGAAGGGAAUAGUUUACAUUGUAAAGAAGUUUGCAAGGAUAGUAUUCUGCCAUCCGAAGAUUCCAAAGAUGCAGAUAUGAGGGCAGAAUCUAGUUCGAGAGGGACUGUGAAAGAAAUGUUAGAAAAUAAUGCGACGAUAAGCUCGACGGUGGUACCAUCUAAUUCCACUACUCACAAGACUGGUGGGACACCUGAAAGAGUUCAGCCUGAUAGCCAUGUAGAGGAGACAUCACAAAUGUUACCAUCAAGGAAAGCAGAUUCAGGUGAAAAUUUGAUUAGAAAAUGUGUUGGGAAUGAUAAGGGUGAAAAUUUGACACCUUCUAAAAGAAAAAACACAGUGGUGGACAAGCAUUCUGAUGCUUCUGCUACAUUAGUUGGUGAUGACGACUGCAACUUAAUUGUGGAUGCCGACUCGACAAAGCUUUGCUGCAACGUUGUAGAGACUAGUGGGCCUUCCAAAAGGAUAAGGGGGAUCAAUAAUGUUGAUCAGCCUACUUCAAAAUCUAAUGAUGAAAAGUCAUGUGCUAGAAAUAAGGAAGGAAAAUCAGGAAAUUCAGUGGAGGGGCCACAAGGGAACAAUGUUGAAACUGAUAAAAUAAGGAAACAGCAGAGGAGCUUACAUCUUUCACUGAAGCCAGAGAUAGCAAAGCUUUGUGAAAUUCUUCUUCUCCCAGAUAAUGUCAAGAUUAUGGUUGGAAAUUUUCUUGAAUAUACCAUGAACAAUUACAAAAUCUGUACAGAACCAGUAUCAAUUUUACAGGCUUUUCAAUUAUCUCUGUGCUGUACUGCUUCUUCUUUGCUAAGGCACAAACUUGACACUGAAGCUUCCCUCAUUCUUGCAAAGCGGCACUUGAAUUUUGAUUGUAAGAAAGAAGCGAUUGAUGAAAUUAAUGCAAGGCUGUGGGAUCUGAAGGACAAUUUUUUAUUAGUCACAAGAAAAUUUAAUGUCGUUGGCUCUCCAAAAGCUUCUGAACCAUCUAAUAGGGUUCAUUCGAAUACAGAUAUAACUCCAGAUGUUGAAUUGACUAAAAGUGAUAUUUCUGGAAAUAUUAAAGAAAGUCGGAAGCGCAAAAACCAAUGGAGAAUGCUACUUCAUAAUCAACAGGAAAAUAAACAUAAGUUGGAAAAAGAUAUUGAGACCGAAAAGGCUGAUUUUAUAAAAAGAUACAAAAUAGAAUGGGCAUCUAUUAAAACCUAUUCUGUGAAGAGAAAAGAGAAGCUUAACGUUUUCAAAAGUAUAUAUGAUAAAAGAUUUGCAGAAUUGAGAAGGCAGCAUGAAGUACGUCUCCAGGCUCUUGAAACCAACCAAUUAGAAGCACAACAUAAAUUCCGAGAGUCUUCAGCACCAGAUGAAUUGUUAAACAUAGUUUCUUUGAAGGAACAUGUGACGCCCCUUAAUGCUUCAAAAAUCCUUCUGUCUGAUGAAGUGUCAGAAAUUAGUCUUAAACGGGCCACUGCCAGUGAAUUUAGUAGGGAGGCAGCUGUGGGAUUGCCCCAAACAAUCAAAAGUACUGACUAUCCAGAGAAUGAAGCUCCUCUGAGUUCUUCUUCCACAGAUCAAAUAUCUGAUGAAGGUUUAGAUGGGGUUGUUUCAUCAAGGCCUUGUAGCUCAUCUAGUCCAAGCAAAGUUCCAGCUACAAUUUCCCUUUCAAAUUCACCUUCUUCAACUCAACAAGUUCCUGAUAGAAUCUUGCCGACUAUAACUGAUGGACAAAUACCAGUCAUGGUGCCAGAAUUGAGUAGGGAGGCAGCUGUGGAAUUGCCCACCACAGUUAGAAGUACUGAUUAUCCAGAGAAUGCAGCUCCUCUGAAUUCUCUACCCACAGAUCAAAUAGCUGAUGGAGGUUUAGAUGGUGUUGUAUCAUCAAGGCCUUUUAUCUCUUCUAGUCCAAGAAAUGGUAGUCCAGCUACAUUUUCCCUUUUGAAUUCACCUUCUUCAACACAACAAGUUCCUGAUAGAGUUUUGGCAACUAUAACUGAUGGACAAAUACCAGCCAUGGUGCCAGAAAAUAGCCAUGAAGAGACUGCAUGUCAAUUAAUAGACAAUUUGAUAUUGAAUGAGAGCACUUCGUCAGAAUGUAGAACCGUGACAGAAAACACUUUGUCCCAGGAGACUUCAGAAUGUAGACCAGUGGAUUCCAUUGAGCCUCUAGAACAAGUGCCGAUGCAGCUAGUAUCAUCGGUAGAGUCACCGCCUAGUCUAGUUCAUAUUUUACCUGCUAAUCAAUCCAACCACAUUUCAAAGGUAAUGGAGCCUCCAGAGCAGGUGCAGCAAUUAGCUUCUUCAGGGUUCCUUUCUUCCAACCAGGAUUUGUCUAACUUACCUUCGGCGACUGGAGUUGAGGACCAGGAAGCGACCAAUGAAGAUCUCUCUAGUAAGAUUCCUGAGGCAUCAACUGAGGUUCUCAAUGAAGAUCUCUCCAGCAAGAUUCCUGAGACAUCAACUGAGGUUCAAAAUCAAGCCGUUGAGCAACCUGCCCUGGAUUUAGAAGUUGAUUCACAAUCACGUCAAGUUAUGCCUCCAGUUUCAAACGUGGUCCUUGAUUCAUCUGUACCUGGUGGAGUCAGAGACCCGUCAUCAGACACAAGAAAUUUGUCAACUAACAGUGUUAUCAACAAUCGUCCUAUUCAAGCUGCAGCACAAUCAGCUUCGAGGAAUGUUCCACCUAUGCAUCAUGCAGCUUCGAGGAAUGUUCCACCUUUGUGCCAUGAUCCACUUAGUCAUGAAUUGGAAAGAAUACGUAAAAUGACAGAGCAAAAUCUGAAAAACCAUGAAAAUAUGAAAUUACAGCUGAAAUGUAAUUUUGAGAAGGAGGUUGAGGAACUUCGCAGGAAGUAUGAUAAUCAACUGAAGUUGAUUGACGUUGAAUUUCAGAAAGCAAGGACAAACUAUGAUACACAAUUUCACACAGUUUAUAUGCACAAGAUAUUGGCAGAUGCCUUAAAGGCUAAUUCGGAUCCUAAGUUAUUUGGUGCAUCAGGAAUGCAAGAUGCAGGUUUUAUCCAGCUGGCAUCUCAGCAUUCAAGACAGCAACAUGCUACUUUACCCUCUCUGGUUGCUACUCCAUCUUCCCGUGGACCUCCUGCAGCCACUUUGCAGAAUUCUCACGCAACAACUGGCGCUCACACUAUGGCACCGCCACCUAUUCAAGCCACCACUAACAAGACAUCCGGAACUUUCAGCCGUUUUUCUGCAAGACUACCUCCUAUCAACUCCAUCCAUUCACCCUCGGGAUAUCUUCAAACUGUUAGGGAGAUACGUGCCCCUGCACCACAUCUCCAGAAUUGUAGACCCUCAACAUCUCUACCUGCCUCCAGUCUUGGUGGGGAGAUACGUUCCCCUGCACCGCAUAUCCAGCCUUAUAGACCUUCAACAUCUCAACCACCGCAUAUCCAGCCUUAUAGACCUUCAACAUCUCAACCACCUUCAAGUCUCGGUGGAGUUCCACAUGGUCUGCCAAGUCAGCCUGCACCCAGUAACUCUCCAGCAAGUUCUGUAUCAUUAUCUCAGUGGCUGCUCAGACCAAUGCAAACGCCAAUGCCGGCAAUCUCUCAGUUUGAUGCUCAUAGAGGGUAUGGGCAUGAGAAAACAAGUGGGUUCCCAACUCCUAACCUAUCUGCCCUGAAUAUGCGCGUGAACGCUAAUAGUCAAUCUAGCAUUAAUCUGCCAAAUACUCGGCCACAUAUGUCGGAUUUGGCUUCUUUGAAUCAUUCCCAAUUUGGCACAAGUAGCAUGCCUGCUAACUCAUCCCGUGAAGCUAUACCUUCUGAUGUUGUCUGUUUAUCAGAUGAUGACUGACUAGAGGAGGCGUUCAUAUAUUUUUUGCAUAUUUGUCCUGACUCUUGGCAGUGAUAUAUGCUCCUUUCUAUUUUUUAUGCUAGAGGUUUCCAAUUGCUUUUGUUGGUGGUUUAAUCCCCUCUUCUUUCAUAAAAAAGGGCGGCUUCUUACUUGAGUUUAGGAUCAGAACUGUGGUGAUCAUGAUGUCUCGCUCACCAGUUUUUGUUUAGUGCAUCUCUGUAAUUAUCAAUAUUGACAUAUUAUAUGUACAUAAUAAUAUAUGUAAUGUAAUUAAGUAGAUUGGAUUCAAGUGAUUAAUGAGUUUUAGUUAAUGACGAACUAUUCAAUAGAAUAUGAGUUCAAAUUUUGGGUGGAA